UCAUUGGUUUAAUCUUUUCAAGCGUAAAUACUCUUGGCGCUCGGAGUUGGAUUCGCAAGUAAGACAAGGCUUUCAACGCAAAGCAGCUAAAAGACUCAAAGACAUGCAUCAUUGGGUGACAUCGAAGAGAAAAGGUGUAAGACCAAUAUGGAUGCCGGAGGAAAUACACCAACAACUUAUGCAAAAAACAAAAGAGGAUGAGUUUAAGAAAAAAUCUGAACAAGCAAAAAAGAACAAGAGAGGAGGAUCGCUGGAAGGUGUUGUGGAACCUGGACAUUGUCAAGGUUCAAUUUCUACAGCCGAGUAUGCAAGAAGGAUGGCUGCAAAAAAUGGAGGAGUAUUGCCAAAAGCUGCUGAUAUUUAUUUGGAGACGCAUUCAAAGGAACGACAACCCGGCCAAGGCAAGCAACUCAUUGGCUCCAAAUCAAAACAAAUCAUGGAUAAUUAUAAUAAGAAAUUGGAUGAUUAUAGAGAGAAGGGAGUCAACAAAGAUCCCAAUGAAGUGUACUUUGAGACAGUGGGUGGGAGGAAAAAAGGAUUGAUUCCUGGCUUAGGUACAAGCGGUGAUCUUCUUUACAAAAAAUCAUCAACCCGCACUAGUAGCUCUUCUAGUGUCUACACACCUUCUAUGCUUUCUCAGCUUUCAACUACCGUGGAGCAAUAUCAGCAACAAUUAGCAGAUCAGGUAGCUGAAUUUCAGAGGCAAAAAAAUGAGUGGGAAACAUAUCGUCUCCAAACGGAAAAGGAAAGGGAAGAGGCAAAAAAAUACAUGGAGGAGAUGAAGACUACAAUGGAAGAGUAUUCUCAAAUGAUGACUCAGUGUGGUACUUUCCCUUUCACCCAACCACGUGACCCACGUGAUCCUUCUGGUGGUGGAUCGGAAUUUCCUUGUAGUACUUAGACUUAUAGUUUUUUUAUUAGUAUAUUAUAUAUUUUGAGAAAAAUGAUGUUUAAUUUUGGUUGUUGGAAUUACUAUUACAUCUAUAUUUCGGAGAAUAUGAUGUUUAAUAUAUGUUGUAACAAACCUAUUAUUUUGAUAUAAAAUGGAGGUGUAGUUUAUAU